AAAAAAUCUCCAAGAAAACCUCAACAUAACCAACCCCUAUAUGUCUUUUUAAUCAAAACCCCAUUUUUGAUAUAUUAAGUUUUCACAACAAAAAACACAACUAUAUAUAUAUAUAUUGUCCAAGUUACAAAAGAAAUGCCCAUGGAACGUUCAAACUCAUCAAGAAGCACAAACUCUUCAUUCUCAACAACAUCAAGAGUAAGUUCUUCAUCUUCAGUUUUAUCUAUACAAUGCUUAAAAGGAAGCUCAAAAUCCGAUGAAUGGACCGAAAACAUGCUACAAACGGGCGAUAUUGUGGAGUCGCUUCUGUUAGGGAACAUGAUUCUAAAAUCACCAUUCAAAAAUGGUAAAAAUGGGAUUCAAAAGAUCAUGCAUACUUCUUAUAAAGCUAAGGAGACUUCAAUAUGUGUCCGAGUUAGACGCGGAUCUGAUGAGUCAUUCACCGAGUUACAGGCAUGUAUCGUUCCGAACGAGUUUGCCGGAAGGAAACAAUAUAUGCUUAGAGCUAUUGAUGAUCCAAACUAUGCCGUUGGUUUUGUUGAUCGGACAGAAAUGGAGUGUUUGGAAUUACAAGCUUCAAGGAAAUCAAGAAUGGUGACAGCAUUAACAAGAACUCCACUUCAAGAAGGAUAUGUUAGUUAUCCAUGGGAGAAGAGAAUGAAUGAAUUGCUAGCAGUUCCAAAUUCAAGUAGUUUUUACUCUCUGCUUCUCUUGCCAAAAUCCUCAGACAAAGUUUCUAUUCAUUACAAUGAUUUAGAAGACACUCUUUCUAGAGCAAAUGCUUGGCUCAAUGCUUCUCAAGUUUCUGGUGUUCCCAUUGUCUUCAUGAAUAUCCAGACUGAGUCUCUACUUACCAAGAUAUCAGGGGAAACAGCUUCUUGCACAGUAAAUGCAGGAUCACUUUCUGAUUUAACAAACCUUGCAAAUGCAAGUUUAUAUGGCUUUGAAGAUUACCAUGGAGUUGAUAUUGGUGUUGUCCGAGCCGUUCGCCUUUGGUUUUCCCCUCUUGGUGGUGAGAUUCCUAUUGAGAUCAAAAUCAAAGAAACUGAUGUCAGACUUGGCUUUGCCAUCAGCAGAACUGAAGAGGGGUUCAUUCACAUAUCAUCAGUAAUUGAAGGUGAUGAGGAUGCACCUUCCUCAAGAUCAGGCCUUAGCAAUAUAUACAAAGAAGCAACCAAAGAUUGCAAACUUUUAGUUGUAUCAAGAAUUUCCAACCAAAAGGUCCUUCCAUGGAUUGUUUCUCCAACCGGGGCGGUCCGGUGCUUCGACACUGUCUCUCUCAGCCAAAAACUCUCGUUGCAUCGCCACGCAAAGGUUCCCAUUCUCAUGCACGUGUUUCUUUGGGACCGUUCUGUCCCUGUGCCAAAUGGUGGCAGCAUUAAUCGGUCGAGGACUAUUUCCCCGACCAUGCUGCCACCAUUGCCACCUGAAGUUCGGUUGGCACGCCAACCAAAUGAUAAUCAGGUGAUGCCAUUGCCUCCGGAAGUUGAAGAUGAGAGAGGAAACCAUAGUGAUGGAUCGGAACUUAGGCUUGAUAGGGACACUGCAGGGGAAUCUUCUUUUCGUUUCCAUGAUUUUUCUCUUCCAAAUAAUUGGGUGUAGUAAGUUUCUAUUCAUGUUAUUUGAUGUACAUAGGGAAGUUGUGUAAUUAAUGAUGUAACAUUGAGAAGGCAAUGCUUGAGUCAAGGAUGUUGGACUUAAUUGAAAGCUAACAUCCGACACAAAACAGGUAGAUGUAAAUGUUCUUUGAGUUAUUGAGGCUUUGUUGGUAUAGUAGACCAGUUAUUGCAAGUCCA